UCUCUCUCCUCUUUCCAGGGGGCUUGGAGAAUUGGGGAGGGGUCCUAGCCUCCAAGCUCUAGAAUGUGGCUCUGUGGGCAGCAGGUUCUAGAUCACUAUCUGUGUGCUGGAGACAAUGGCCUCUGCCCGGAACCCCUCCUCACCAGGCUUUGGGACUUUGCUCUGCUCCCCAUUGCGAUAGGUGGGGCAGAGGCUCUGAGGGCUGGAGAAGGGACAGCAAGGUUCUGAGCUGGACGAGGAAGCCAUGGGGCCCAGACCUGGAGUGGUGGGGAGUGAAGCUGCGAGGGACAGAGAUGGACCUAGGCAGCCCCGCCUCCAGGGAAGGUCACUCACCUGGGGGAGCUGAGGCUCCGGUAGUUGGGACCCUGGGAUCCAAGGUGAGGGUAGGAUUGGCGCUGGCUGGGGAGUUGCGGUGGGCGGCUGCUGCCUCCUGUGGAACCUUUCUCAGACCCUGCUCUUCCUCCCUUGCCACUGCUGGCCAUGCCCACCCCUGGGGGCAUGAGUGUCCUCAAGAGCAAGUGCGCUUUCUUCUUGACUCUGUCAAGGUUCCUCUUGGGGCUACGGAGCAGGUGACCUGCCCAGGAGCAGCCAGUCCUGUCCCCUGCUGCCAUCUGGUGGCCAGAGGUGUCCUCAGGGUGCUCCUGGGGAUGCAGAGCUUCAGCCCUUGACCAGCAUUGGGGCAGGUCUCUGUCUUCCCCAAACCACUCUGGCUUGAUUACUAUGGUGCCUUUGUCACCCUCUGUCACCCUGUUCCUCACCCGCCUCUGCUGGGGAGUCUUUGCCAAGCCGACCCGUGUCCUGAGCGCUCCCGACACAGCUUCUCCCAGCUCAGGUGCCUGCUGACAAGUAUCCUGCGGGAAGAGCCAGGCUCCUCUAUCCCACCAUACACGGAACUCGCGGGGGAAGGACAGAUGCCGCGUGCGGGGAUCACCUGUAACGGGACAGUGUGGCUGUGUCCGUGGGACUAGCUAAGGCCCCUGGAGCCGCUGUCCCCAGAGAGCCCAGGGAUGGUGGAUUCUGGGACGGCUGUGGGCGCCACCUGCGCUCCGAGGCCCAUCACCCUCUGCAUUUAAUUAGAUUAUUGAAGUGUGUUUGGCACAAAGUGUCACGUUAGCUUCCGGAUUGGAACUCAGGGCGGUGCGCUUGUGUCCCCAGGCUGUUGCCUGGGCUGUGCCCGCCACCGCCCUUUAUUCACUGGUCUCUGCUGCCUGCUGCAUCCCCGGGGCAGAUGCAGAGCAGCCUGGACUCCAGCGCGGCCCAGAGGCAGGGUCCCUGGGGCCAGAGCCUGGCUAGCUGUCCUGACUCCCCCAGGGGAUUCCGACAGUCGGGCCGGCCCAGGGGAGACAGCCUGCCCAGCGGUCCCUUGUCUUCGCUAUCUUCCGCCCACGUCUCCAGAGUGUGGUCGCUGCUGGAGGUGGACUGGGCGCCCCUUGGCUGCGCUGGGGCUGGGGCUUCUCUUCUUCUCCAGACUCCGGCCCCGGAAGCGCAAGCUGGCAGCCGUGGCGGUGCAGCCUUCCCGGGGGCACUGGCCCGCGACAGCCACUCCAACCCCCAUCCCGGCCAGCGACUCAGUCCUCCUCCUCCUGGGACCCUGCUGACUGGUCGUGGUGACUUUGCUGGCGCGGACCUAAUCCACCGAGCUCUCACCCCUGCCCUGGCCACCUCGCCGUCCCCUCCUCCGGGCCGCACUGAGGGCCACUUCCCGGUCCCCGCAGCACCCAUGGCUCUGCUGCCCGGCGGGUGUUCGAGGAGCACCCGGCUGACCUUCACAGUCCCCACGCGCUUCCGGGCCCCGCUUUAGGGCACCGUCAUGACAACGCGCCCCUCCCCUGCCGUCGCUUCCUGCCCCAGGUGGGCGACCCCACCAGUCUCCUUGCACCUGCCCCCUCAGCCCACCUCACAUGCAGAACUCGCCUUGGGUGGGUCCUCACUGCUGCCCGUGGCUUCCAGGCCUCCAGGGUGGGCGUCCUCACAUCCUUUGAGGUGGUCACUAGUCACCGCCACGCUCACCUUACCUUCUGGGCCUUAGCUCUCGUUUCACCGAGAAACUGAAGAAAUCAGAAGAAAAACUAUACACGGUCACAACACUAAUCCACAAGCGUGCCCGCCUUCACAGGCAUGUAUUCGUGUGUCCUCGUGUUCUGUGAGAGGACCUGUCUUCCAGCACACCAAGGGCAAUGCUGCUCCUGCCGCUUCUCCCCGAGGGAAGCCUCUUUCUGCAACAUUAGGCUUGUAUUUCUAGUGCAUCAUCCCUAUCAGUGUGCAUUUGUGCUGUAACAUCACCUGACUUCAAGCAAAAUGCAGCAAAACACAAACGCCCCCUGGACACUGGUGAUGCCCCCCCCUCCCUUGGCUCUUCAGACUCUCACCACACUGCUGCAGAUCCUGCUCAGUGCUCUGGGAGGAUCCUGGCCUUCUGUUUGUUUGUUUUAAGGAUUUUAUUUAUUCGUGAGAGACACAGAGAGAGGCAGAGACACAGGCAGAGGGAGAAGCAGGCUCCUCACCAGGAGCGCGAUGUGGGACUCGAUCCCAGGAGCCCAGGGUCACGCCCUGAGCUGAAGGCAGAUGCUCAACUGCUGAGCCCCCCAGGCAUCCCUGGCUUUCUGUUUUCUGAUUGCGUUUAUUUAACGAUGAGAGGCAGCUAUGUUCAGCAUUUGUUGACUUUAUAGGGAUGGAUCUUUAUUUGAUCCAUCCCUAUAAAUUAUAUUCAAAACUUUCUACCAAAAAACCCGACAUUCUAUUCAUUCCUAAGGUGUUUGGUUACAAUUUUCACAGAUGUGCAGAUACUAAGAUAAUCUUUGUUAAUUAUGGAAUUCAUUAUCACAAUCUCGUGAUGUUACUGAGCUGGGGCCACCAUGGCUCACAGAAACCCUAGGUGCUCAUCUGCAGUAAAACAUUCUCAGCUGGACUCCUCCCCUUGAGAAUUGUCCUGUUUAAAAAUCCAUCAGCAUUUGCUUAUGACAUGAGGAGCUUCUGUAGGAUACACAAUAAAGAGGAUAAUCUGAAAUCUUUUACAUCGUUUGUUAUGCGAGCCACAAUUUUACCGCCUCCCUGAGCACACUGCUUGGGUCGGCUGACAUUUUUCAGGAGAGGCAUGGUCAUUAGGGAAAGCAAUCCGUUGCCUGAGGUCCUGGUGCUAGCCGGUCACUCUAGGAGGCUGCUCCACAGCCGCCUUCUCAUUGCAGCUAGGCCAUCAGGACACAACACACAGUCGGUCUCCAAACUACACCAGUUGGCAACGUAGCUGUGUGUGGUUUCAUAUAUGGUUUAGACUCACAAUUUUGUCAGCAAUGAAGCAAAAAACAAAUUUCUCAUUUUGCAUCAUCAGUGUAUUCAGAUCACGCAUAUCCAUGUCAUUUGUAACUGGAUUCAUCAGGUUAUGAUGAAAAAUAUUCUGGUAGUUUGAUUUGUUCUGAAUUGGACUUUUGUUUCAUUAACCAGCUCCUUGCUACGUCGAGCAGCAGUGUCUUUGGAAAGUUGUGCCAAAGCUCUUUCUGUGGCAUAGACAAACACAGUAUUUUCAAAGAGCGACUUCGGUGCUUCAUGCCUGUGACACAGCCUCCUGUGAACGCAUCGGCUGUUGUGUAUACUUGUUGGGUCUUUGCAACCCAAGUACCACUUUGUCAAAAGCCUGCAAAGUAUUUAAGUGCAUGUAUGUGAAAUAUUGAAAACCUGGUUCUGUCAGCUUGUAAGCUUAAUACCACUUCUUUGAAGCAAUUUGGUUUUGCGCUCAGGUUUGAUACGUAAAUGCCCCUCGAGUUCUGAUAGUCCCAAUGCUUCAUCAGCUAGUCUAUCACUGCAAAUAGCACACAGAAGUUUUAGCCUCUCACCAUUAACUAAAAUGGAACCAAAUAAACCAAAACUGUUCUUCCGAGUUCAAAGAACAUAAACUCUGUCCUUGUCAUCAUGGUAUUUACUGAUAAAUGCCCCUUUCAGAAAAGCAGUGCCUCUUCUUAACAAUGGAAGUCUCAGUGAAGAGUGCUUUCCUAAGUCAGCGUUAAACUAUGAAUUAAAAAACAGAUUAGGUUAGGGGUUAGGGUUAGAGUUAGAGUUUGUGUUUAUGGUGAUGCUAAAUGUAUGGUUUGGCUUUGGUUUUCAUUCAAAAUCUUCCUGCUCUAGUGCCUCUCUGGUCUUCCAAAUGGCAGGAUUUCCUUCUGUGUUGCUGACUGAGUCUUCCGGUGUCGCUCAGGUGUCCCAAAUCCCUUGUUUUCCAGACUUUGGGUUUCGGCCAGGGUAGUGCCAGAGCCAUGACUAGGGUUAGGAUUAGGGCCCAGGAGCUUGGUGGGUGUAGUCUGCUGGGAGUGUGGAGACCUCCCCCAGAGGGCUGAUUUGCAGGGAGGGUUUGGGUGAGGGUCCAGCUCAGGGUUGGUGUUUCAGGGGUGUGCUGAAUGUGUGGGUUAGGGUUAGGAUCCGGGUG